GUAUAUAUGAAAAUUAUAAAAUUGUUUUCUAGGUAUCUUGUCAACCAUCUUUCAUGGGAUUCAGUUUACAGAAAAUGGAUUCAAUAACAAAGAUCUUAAAUAGUUCAACAUUUCAAGUGACUUUUGAAAAUUUACAGCCAAGUACAGAAUAUAAUAUAACAGUGAGAGCUUUAACAAGAAUUGGUUUUGGAAAACCUAUCAGUGUUAGUUUCUGGACAGCAACUGCAGAAUCUUCAGUUGUAGAAAUAGUGGAUAACAGAACACUAAGUGAUUCUAUUAUAAUUAAAUUUUCAUCUGGACACUCAAGAAUAAUAAAAUAUCAAAUAAUUGUGGAAGAUGGUAGAAAUAAGGAAGGAAUCAAUAAACAACACUUAUUAGACUAUUACAGUGCCACACUUGCUAAAAUACCAUAUUACAUUACUGCUGAAUUAAAUGCUAAGGAUCUUCCAAAAGAAGAUUAUCACUAUUUUGUAGUAGGAGAUCAAAAGAUGUAUGGAAAAUAUAAAAAUGUUCGUUUAUCUCCAGGAGUGUUGUAUAAUAUUCGAAUUAGAAUAAUUAGUGCUAAGAUGCAGUCAUCUAUCUCUGAAGCAAAACAGCAUGUUAUUGUUAGUUAUCAAAGUGAUGAGAAAUUUGAAAAGUUCCUAUUUGGAUUACCCUUUUUACAUUUUAUCUUCAUAAUCCUUGGAAUGUUAGUUCUGCUCAUAGUUGUUAUUUUUAUUGUUGGAUUAAAAGUUCAUAAAUAUUGUCAAAAUAAAAAUAAAAAGAAGAAUUGUUUUGCAAUUCAUGAUCCACUUGUUUCGGAUGCUGCCACAUGGUCAGUAGCAUAUAAAGUUUCUGAUUAUGAAACAACUGACAGUCCUAAUUUAAAUUUUGAAAAAACUCCUUCCAUACAUAUGGUCAAAGGAUCUCUUUUAAAAACAAAGAAAAUAAAAAAAGAAAACUAUUCAGAAGAUUUUAAUGUUGAUGAUUUAGCUGAUUACAUUUAUAACAAAAAUAUUCAUCCAUCAAAGAAUUUUGCAGAAGAGUUUCAGAAACUACCAAAAGGACAAUGUUCACAAUGGUCAAUAGCUAAAAAGCCAGAAAAUAUUUCAAAAAACAGAUUUGGAAAUUUGUUACCUUAUGACAAUAAUCGAGUGAUAUUGCAAAGCAUACCAGAUGUCAGUUCAUCAAAUUAUAUCAAUGCCAGUUACAUUGAUGGAUACAAUCGANAUUUUUUAAAACCUACUUAUUUAUAUAUAUUUAUAUAA